UCUCUGGAAUAAAAGAAAAAAUCUAGUAAACUCUCAUGGACCACGGAAUCGAUUUCCGCGUGUGACCAAUGGCCUUUGUUCACAAAGUCACGUAAAUUUUUUCCUCUGAAAAUGCUCUGUACCGCUAAGCAAACACGUUCCUUAGUCUAAUUCUUGUGCCGGUGGCAAAGGAUUCAGGAGUGACAACAAUGUGACCUUAGCUGUUACACGUAUGUCUGCGCUUCACGAGCUACGUGCUGCACGUUACAUGCUCUUUUACGAGUUUUCACUCUUUUACGAUAGUCCCAUAGAGCUAAUAGCUCCCGUCACAAGGUCGAACUUCAUCGAUGACUGACUGGUUCAUAAAUCCUGGAAAACUGGAAAAUAUUCACCUUCUGUCUAUGCCCGAUAAACACUACGGCGUAUAAGCAGCUUGCGAAAGUGCAGCACGUUAUGAAACUAAUUCCCUUCAAUUAGAUUAAGCGUUAACUGUACAAUUGUAGUCGUGAGAGAAUAUUUAUAGAAAAAUUCUUUAAAUUCUUGUAGCAGUCUCUAAGUAUCUAUAAGUAGCCAGAUGGAUACCUGUACUAUUAUUACAAUGAGUAUACAUAUAGUCAUUUCCUAGCUAUCAUAUCUAAAAUCACAAUGUAUCCUGGGUGAAAGGUCAGGAACAUUGACUGGAGUCAUAGGAAGAAGCUGGACAGUUGAUCACCGACAGGUUUUAGUCAUAUGCAAUCACGGAGCGAGUCUAUGUAUCGGUAUACCAUGGCGAGGCUUAAAAUUGCGUCACUUUCCAUUUUAUACCGCAUACCGAUCAACCUGUUAGGCUGCGCGAUCAUUAAGUCAUCUUUUACCUCUGAGAGGAAGAAAUCAACUAUUGAUUUUUAGUUACUUAGGUAGAAUCAAGUAUAAGAUUUUAUACACAAAAGAAUCACGCUCAACCUCUUGACAGAUUGAUUGCUCAAUUUAUCGUAUUAUCGGUAUCUAUCAAUUAAAUUUUAUUUAUCCCGUCCAAUUAUUUUCGAAUGGAUUUUUUUAUUUUGGGAUAAAGUAUAGCAAAUUGAAUAUAUAAAUUUUACGGUCAGUCGCAAUGGCUUUUUAAUGUCCCGCGCACUGGUGCCAUAACGUGUCUAUCCAGUACCUCGUUGUAAUAACGGAGCAGGAUGGGCCUAUUGCAAUCUAGGGCGCGUAACAUUGCUAAUCAAGGUCGACGGUCAAUUGGUUCCCAAGUUACUACCGUAAUGCACAGAGUUUUCGAUUUUCUCGUGACUUCGUAGAAUCAUGAGAUCUCAGACGCUGCGUAGAGAAUCAUGCGUGCUAAAUGACCUGCGCGAACUUGGAACCGGUUCCUUUCAGCGAUGUAUCUUUGCAGUUACAAUUUACCACGUGUAUCUCGUUGCUACAGUAACGCAAAGUAAAUGCUGCUCGUUUUAGGAUCGUUACACGAUAAUUCUCACGAUUCGAUCGGAUACACUCUUGUCAUUAAAAUGAUCCUAAAAGGCUCUCGACUGGAAUAUAUUAUACAAUGUAAUCCAAAUGUACAGUUGGUCAAUUAGUCACUCGGCUAUCUUGAUCAAUCUCAAUUUAUUCCUGAAUGGUACACAUAUCACGGGAACUGUAAUUAAGUUGAUAAGAACCGGGAUCGGCUUGUUAACGACUUCGAAUUUGUUACAUAAAAACGAUGAAAAUAAUCUCGGAUACAUAAAAUUAUACCCGGAUGAAAACUACGUCCAGACCUUGAUGAUCCUGAUGGACGUCAUUCAACGGUCCCUCCGGGCCUUAUUGUCCAAUGAAUCAUAUCCGAAGUCUCUUUUGUGGGUUACAUUAUUCAUCGACAAAUAAUCAAUCCUAUUGAUCGGUUUUCAAUGCUCUACGCCUGUUCCGUGAGUUCUCCGUGAACAAGGAUCUUCACGUGCCCGAAGGCAAGCUGGUAAAGUUUGUUUUACACGAAGAUCACUUUUUACUACGUUCUCUCCGGUUCGCCCAGUUUUUCCAAGAUACUCCAGCACAUGCCGUGUAUGUUUCUCUGUGCUCCAUUAUAUCUACCUUCUAUAAACCAACCGAUCUCCCCACUCUUGCCAAGAGUUGAACGACCGGAAAAGGAACCCUAAGAAAAAUUCAGACUCCUUUUAUUAUCUGGACCAGAACGAUAUUCGCAGAUUCUCUUCUCAUUCUCUGUCUCUGACCCGUCGACACGCAAACCCACAUUUUCCAUAGGCCUUCCUAUCUCAAGGGGAUCCUGAUCAUCAGAGUCAUCAUUACAAUGUCUCAAUGACUAGAGGCAUACACGUAUACUACCACCCAGGAUGACGAAGUAAGUCGGCCAUUACUGGUACCGCAAAUCAAAAUAAAAAUUGAAGUUUCGUCUCGGACUAACUUGCUGCCAAACGGCUUCAGAUUUCUCAAUCCGUCCCUCUGAACUUGCACUGGGACUGAGAUUAGGCUUCGCUCGAAAAUCCAGCAUGAACUCAUUUCUUUUUCUACCUAUUUGGUAAACACGCGCCCAUUUUUAUUCCUCUUUUCAACGGGCCCCUAUUUACUCCCAAAUCAGGCCCCUCUGCCCCCUGCGUACACGGUACUCGAAUUCUUGGACUUUUUGAACGACUCCUGGACGGAGAUGCGGUCGACUCAUUUCGGCAGGGAAUUCGUUCCGUGCGAGCUCAGGAAAAUAAAGAAUCGGAACGUUACCGUUAGCUUCACCCAACGAAGGCCCAUGAUUAUGGGAGCGCGGACGUUACCAACCGCUCUUGGUACUUGUGGUAUCCCUGCCGAUGCUCUUGGUGCCACCUUACCUGCUCCUCUGCUCUUCUGCUCCACCUUGGUCCUUGGGACUGGCUAGCUGCUCUACCUGUUCUACAGUAUUUAUAGAACAGAUCCUGGAAUCGCGAUGUAGGACAUCAGGCGGAUUUCUGUCUUGCCGCUUCGAAGAAAAUUUCGUUAAUCUUGCCGGAAAUGAUAUUAUUAUUUUUCCUCUUUGAUACGGUACAAUCUUUAUUAAUGCAGGUCAGUUUUUCAACCAGUCACUGAACCAUGCAGGCGCGUCACGUUUUGCUGAUGGUAAUGAGGGUUCCUCUGUACUUUCUACUGGGACUGUUAUGAUGUUUAUGUCGUUCUGUACUUUGAAUUUUUCCAUUGCUACCUCAGGCACUUUUCCAGCGAACUGCUUUUACGUAUUUCCUGGAUCUCAAUUUUCUGCCCUGGGCUAUUGGAUUUCGGGCCCACGACUCUUUCACUGAGAAUUACUCCACUCGGCCUAAUGUAAUGAUCGGAAAAUGUUUGAUAUAUAGAUAGACAUUUCCGUGACGGUUGCUUAACGAGUCGACGUCAUUUUCGAAUAUUCACCAGAGCGACGCUCGCCUAUAUAUUAGGCGGCUGUCAAAUUUGAAAAGCAUUAGUUUACGAAACUUAGAACCAUGAAGUUUCUACUCCUGGGACUUGUCUGCGUGUUCCCAUUGGCCGUACUUGCCAGUGGGUCUUCGGCUUCCGCUUCUAGCAGUGCUUCCAAUACAUCCGGCGGACAACAUGCAGGAAGUGCAGCACAGAGUUUUGCUGCAAGCUCAGCCGAUGCUGCCAGCAACGGAGCUCUGGCUGGUGCUGCCGGUGGAGCGUUUGGGUCAGUCUACAACGGAAAUCCGUUUUUGAACGGACAAGGAGUUCUCGAAGGAUCCGCCUCAGGCUCCAGUUCCUCGAGUUCACGGUCCGCAUCUAACGCUGAGAGUUCUUCGUCGUUGAACUUCGAAGGAUCUUCGUCAGGAUCUAGUAAUCUUCUUGGAGUUCUCAGUGGUUCAGUUACAACCGGAAAUGCUGGAGCGAAAUCGAAUGCUCAUGCCAAUUCUAACACUCAGGUUAACGCGAAUGCCAAUCAGCAACAGCAUGGAAAUCAUCAAGCUGGCGCAAUUGCCAACGCAAAUGCUCAUAACAAUGCUCAGGGCUCCGAAUAUCAGAAUAAUCAAGGCAGUUAUCAACAGAAUCAACAAGAACAGGCCAACGCCAAUACUUUGACCCAGCAAAGUGGAUCCCAAAUUCAGGGUUCAGGUGCCAUCACUAAUGCUGGCCACAGUGAGAUUAAAGGGAAAAAUCAGAAUCACGGAAAUGACAAUCUCAAAGGCAAAAUCACUCAUUAUGCUCAAAGUGGGCCGGUCGUUCACAUAGUUUACGCUGACAAUGAUCAGUCCAAUAACGCUGAUGGUGCUAAUGAGGGUUCUGGAUCUACCGAUGCUGCUGGAUCUGUGGCUUCUCAGGGUCAAGUUGGCAAUCAGGCAUCUCAGUCCCUUGGAAAUGCUGCAUCAGGUAUUUCCGGUAAUACCCAGGGCUCUUUGAAUUCGAAUGCAGGACACACCGCCACUUCUGCCAGCAAUGCUAACUCUAAUGCCAAUGCCAAUGCCAAUUCUAAUGCCGGUGAUGGUUUCGCAACUGGUAGUAAAUCAAGCAGCUCGUUCGGUGCAAAUGGAAAUGCUGCAGCCUCCGCAAACGCUGGCGCCGCCGCAUUCUCAGACGCCGGUGCGGCUGGAUCUGCAGGCGCUACUGCUCAGGCAGCAUCAAAUGACAAAGCAGGUGCAUCCGGAAGUUUCAAAUUGAACGCAAGUUCUAGCCACUCCGAAUCAUCUAGUAGCAGCUCUUCUAAUUCCAACAGCGAGUCCUUCAAUUAUCAAUUUAAAUUAUGAAUAAUGUAAUUUUGAAAUUUAAAAAAGGAACUUUAUUAAUUUUUUAUAAUGCAUGUAACCCGAUGUCGAUUCAUCGAUAAUCCAAUAAAUAAAUAAAAAAUUAACGCUAUUUAUUCAACAAUAUAUCGGUUUAUUAUCUGUUUAAGAUAAUCUUAUAAACAGUUUCUACAUAAUAAACACUUAACGAGUAUUGACAAACUUCAUUCUAUCGAAGCUUGUGAUAUUACA